GCUGCCAUUCCAGCAAGUAGCGGACAAGCAUGGGAUUUGAAUAUUAUCUGCCUAAAUAAAUGAAUUACUCAACCUUCUGUGACCAUCUAUACAUACUUCAUCUUCAAAAAGUGUAUCAGUAUUAUAUCAUCAAGGAGACAGUGACCUUCUUUUCUCCAAUAUGCGUGGAAUUCUUGGACACUGCAAUCGUGGCACUGACACUGAUUUCCAUAAAGAAAAACUUUAUGGUUCUAUGGCAUUCAUCAUUUGACAAACACAAGUAUUUUCCUAAUCAAUCAGCUCUUUCUGAACUUACUAGCAGUGACUGUGGAAUCCUUAAGGGCCCAUUAAAUUUUUGAAGAAGAAAGCUAAGAUGAAGGACAUGCCACUACAAAUUCAUGUGCUACUUGGCCUAGCUAUCACUACAUUAGUACAAGCUGUAGAUAAAAAAGUGGAUUGUCCACAAUUAUGUACAUGUGAAAUCAGACCCUGGUUUACACCCAGAUCCAUGUAUAUGGAGGCAUCUACAGUGGAUUGUAAUGACUUAGGUUUUUUAAAUUUCCCAGCCAGGUUGCCUGCUGACACACAGAUACUGCUCCUACAGACUAACAACAUUGCAAAAAUUGAAUAUUCCAUAGACUUUCCAGUAAACCUUACUGGUCUGGAUUUAUCUCAAAACAACUUUUCCUCAGUCACCCACAUUAAUGUAAAAAAGAUGCCUCAGCUCCUUUCUGUGUACCUAGAGGAAAACAAACUUACUGAGCUCCCUGAAAAAUGUCUAUCAGGACUGAGCAAUUUACAAGAACUCUAUAUUAAUCACAACUUCCUUUCUACAAUUUCACCCGGAGCCUUUAUUGGCCUACAUAAUCUCCUUCGACUUCAUCUCAAUUCAAAUAGAUUGCAGAUGAUCAACAGUAAGUGGUUUGACGCACUUCCAAAUCUAGAGAUUCUGAUGAUUGGGGAAAAUCCAAUCAUCAGAAUCAAAGAUAUGAACUUUAAGCCACUUAUCAAUCUCCGCAGCCUGGUUAUAGCUGGCAUAAACCUCACGGAAAUACCAGAUAAUGCCUUGGUUGGGCUUGAAAACUUAGAGAGCAUCUCUUUUUAUGACAACAGGCUUAUUAAAGUGCCCCAUGUUGCUCUUCAAAAAGUUAUAAACCUCAAAUUUCUGGACCUAAAUAAAAAUCCUAUUAAUAGAAUACGAAGGGGUGAUUUUAGCAACAUGCUACAUUUAAAAGAAUUGGGGAUAAAUAAUAUGCCUGACCUGAUUUCUAUUGACAGUCUUGCUGUGGAUAACUUGCCGGAUUUAAGAAAAAUAGAAGCUACCAACAACCCCAGAUUGUCUUACAUUCACCCAAAUGCAUUUUUCAGACUACCCAAGCUGGAGUCACUCAUGCUCAACAGCAAUGCCCUCAGUGCCCUCUACCAUGGUACAAUUGAAUCUCUGCCAAACCUCAAGGAAAUCAGCAUACACAGCAACCCCAUCAGGUGUGACUGCGUCAUACGCUGGAUUAACAUGAACAAAACCAACAUUCGAUUUAUGGAGCCAGAUUCACUGUUUUGUGUGGACCCACCUGAAUUCCAAGGUCAGAAUGUUCGGCAAGUACAUUUCCGGGAAAUGAUGGAAAUCUGCCUCCCUCUCAUAGCUCCUGAGAGCUUUCCAUCCAAUAUGGAUUUAGAAGCUGGGAGCUAUGUUUCCUUGCACUGUAGAGCCACUGCAGAGCCACAGCCUGAGAUCUACUGGAUAACACCUUCUGGCCAGAAACUCUUGCCUAAUACUCUGACAGAGAAAUUUUAUGUCCAUUCUGAAGGCACACUAGAUAUAAGUGGGAUAACCUCCAGUGAAGGGGGUCUAUAUACCUGUAUAGCAGCGAACCUAGUUGGUGCUGACUUGAAGUCUAUUAUGAUCAAAGUGGAUGGUUCUUUUCCCCAGGAUAAAAAUGGAUCUUUGAAUAUUAAAAUAAAAGAUGUUCAGGCCAAUUCUGUUCUGGUGUCUUGGAAAGCAAGUUCUAAAAUUCUCAAAUCCAGUGUUAAGUGGACAGCCUUUAUCAAUGCUGAAAAUUCCUAUGCUGCCCAAAGUGCUCGAAUACCAUCUGAUGUCAAGGUAUACAAUCUUACUCAUCUGAACCCAUCAACUGAGUAUAAAAUUUGUGUUGAUAUUCCUACCAUUUACCAGACAAACAGAAAGCAGUGUGUGAAUGUCACCACAAAAGGUUUGGAACCUGAACAGAAGGAAUAUGAAAAGAGUACCACCACGUUUAUUGCCUGCCUUGGUGGCCUUCUGGGGAUUAUUGGUGUGCUGUGUCUUCUCAGCUGUGUCUCUCAAGAAAUAAAUAGUGAUGGUGGACAGAGCUAUGUGAGGAAUUACUUACAGAAACCACCAUUUGCAUUCAGUGAGCUUUACCCUCCUCUUAUCAACCUCUGGGAACCAGGCAAAGAAAAAAGUACAACAUUGGAAGUAAAAGCAACUGUUAUAGGUGUGCCAACAAAUAUGUCCUAAAAACACCCAACUCAAUCUACUUCAAAGGAAAGCUCAAGACUACAGUUGUUGUAAGUCAAAGGCAGAGAAAAGUUACUUUCUAGACAUAAGUUUGUGCUUCAUCAGUGCUGCUCCAGAUCAGUGGAAAUAUGUACAACUUCAGCAUUUUAAUUAACUGACUUCAAAGGAUACUGUGGCAACCAAAUAAAAUAAGUCCAUUUUCUAGAACUUUCAUGUAACUUUUAUGUCUGGAAUACAGUUAAAGUGGACAAAAAACAUUUCUGUAUUUUUUUUAAGUAUGUAAGAGUAGUUGAACUGAGCAAUACCUCCUCCUGUGUUGUAUUACACAUAUUAGCCACGAGUUUUUGCAGUGACCAGAUAAACUUGAAUUGACACGUGGUGUAAUAAAAUGGACAAAUUCUGUAGAGUAGACACAGUGAGUAUGUGGACCUCUUUUAUAAAGAAAAAUACAUUUUGGAUUAAAAUCAGUUGCUUUUGUCUUGUUUUGGUUUCUAAAUAAAGAACAAUUUCUGGGAAA